UACAUACAUUCCCACUCCUGAGCAAUAAAAAUAAACAUAAAAUAAAUAAAUUUCACACAGUACACACACAGUUGGGUUCGGUGGCAUUGAUAAAGCAGAUUCAUCAGAUCUCGCCCAGUGUCCCCCACCACCCUCUUUAUUUUUUUUUCCUCCCCUUUUUUAAUUUGUGUGAAAGAGAGCAAGAAAAUAUCAAAAAAAAAAAAAAAAACCAAAAAAAACAAAUUGCUCUUAGGAGCUCUCUGGUUUUGUGUAAUUGCUUUUUCUUUUCUCCUUGAUUCAAAAAGGCAACAAAGAACAAAACCCCUUCUCUCCUUUAUUCCCUUGCUUUUUCUUUUUCUUUCUUCUUCUGCCCUCAGUUGUUUCAAUCCAUCUGCUGAAGAACCUUAUCAUGAACCUCAAGGUUUUAUUAACUCAGAUCUGAAGCUUUGAGUAUAUGUUUUGGGCUUUCCAGAAUCUUCUUCACAAGGUAUAAAGAAGGUUGAAAAAAAUGCAGAGGCCGCCGCAGGAAGAUUUCUCGUUGAAGGAAACCAACCCCCACCUUGGUGGGGGGAAGGUUACCGGAGAUAAGCUGACGAGCACCUAUGACCUCGUUGAGCAGAUGCAGUAUCUCUAUGUCCGUGUUGUGAAAGCAAAAGAUUUACCCGGAAAGGAUGUUUCUGGUAGUUGUGACCCAUAUGUUGAGGUUAGGCUCGGAAAUUAUAAGGGCACAACACGUCAUUUUGAGAAAAAGUCAAACCCCGAAUGGAAUCAGGUGUUUGCCUUCUCGAAGGAGCGGAUCCAGGCCUCUGUCCUUGAGGUUUCUGUGAAAGAUAAGGAUGUUGUGAAGGAUGAUUUUAUAGGCCGGGUUAUAUUCGAUUUGAAUGAGAUCCCGAAAAGGGUUCCUCCCGACAGUCCCUUGGCCCCGCAGUGGUAUAGGUUGGAGGACAGGAAGAGUGAGAAGGCCAAGGGCGAGCUCAUGCUGGCUGUCUGGAUGGGUACACAAGCUGACGAGGCAUUCCCUGAGGCGUGGCAUUCGGAUGCAGCGACAGUCAGUGGUGCUGAUGGUCUUGCAAAUAUUAGGUCGAAGGUCUAUCUCUCGCCUAAGCUUUGGUACCUGAGAGUAAACGUGAUUGAAGCGCAGGACUUGCAGCCAAGUGACAAAAGUCGGUUUCCCGAAGUUUAUGUGAAGGCCAUUCUGGGAAACCAAGCACUAAGAACUAGAGUUUCAAUGAGCAAAAGUAUCAAUCCUUUGUGGAACGAGGAUUUGAUGUUCGUGGCUGCGGAACCAUUCGAGGAGCCACUGAUUUUAAGUGUGGAAGACCGUGUUGCUCCCAACAAAGACGAAGUUCUGGGAAGAUGUGGUAUCCCGUUGCAGUAUGUGGACCGGAGGUUGGAUCACAAGCCUGUUAAUACGAGGUGGUUUAAUCUGGAGAAACAUAUAAUAGUCGAAGGUGAAAAGAAAAAGGACAUGAAGUUCGCCAGCAAGAUUCAUAUGAGAGUUUGUCUGGAAGGCGGUUAUCACGUCUUGGAUGAGUCCACUCACUAUAGCAGUGAUCUUAGGCCGACUGCUAAAGUGCUAUGGAAGUCGAGCAUUGGUGUUCUUGAGUUGGGGAUUUUAAAUGCACAGGGGCUUUCUCCGAUGAAAACAAAGGAUGGACGGGCGACAACUGAUGCCUAUUGUGUUGCCAAAUACGGACAGAAGUGGGUUAGGACAAGGACAAUCAUCGACAGUUUUUCUCCAAAGUGGAACGAGCAGUACACUUGGGAGGUGUACGAUCCUUGCACUGUCGUAACUAUCGGUGUAUUUGACAAUUGUCAUUUGCAAGGAGGGGAUAAGGCCGGAAGGGAUUCAAGAAUCGGGAAGGUCAGAAUUCGCCUUUCCACUCUGGAAACGGAUCGUGUAUACACUCAUUCCUAUCCUCUUCUAGUCUUGCAUCCUUCGGGGGUGAAAAAGAUGGGAGAAAUUCAUUUAGCCGUGCGGUUCACUUGCUCAUCUCUGGUAAAUAUGAUGCAUCUCUACUCCCAGCCGCUGCUGCCCAAAAUGCACUACAUUCACCCAUUAACUGUCAGUCAGCUCGACAGCUUGAGGCAUCAGGCCACUCAGAUCGUCUCCAUGAGGCUGAGUCGUGCCGAGCCACCUCUCAGGAAGGAGGUGGUCGAGUAUAUGCUCGACGUGGGCUCUCACAUGUGGAGCAUGAGAAGAAGCAAGGCUAAUUUCUUCCGGAUCAUGGGCGUGCUGAGCGGGUUGAUAGCUGUUGGGAAAUGGUUCGAUCAGAUAUGCAACUGGAAGAACCCCAUCACCACCGUUCUCAUCCACAUCUUGUUUCUAAUACUCGUCAUGUAUCCAGAGCUGAUCUUGCCGACGAUCUUCCUCUACUUGUUCUUGAUCGGGGUUUGGUACUACCGAUGGAGACCGAGGCAUCCGCCCCACAUGGACACUCGCCUCUCCUGCGCCGACAACGCCCAUCCUGACGAGCUUGAUGAGGAGUUUGACACGUUCCCGACUUCCCGCCCCGCGGAUAUCGUGCGGAUGAGGUACGACCGUCUGAGAAGCAUUGCGGGGAGGAUCCAGACCGUUGUUGGCGACCUGGCGACGCAAGGGGAGAGGCUGCAGAACCUGCUGAGCUGGCGGGACCCUCGGGCGACGGCUCUGUUUGUUAUCUUCUGCUUGAUCGCGGCCGUCGUCCUCUAUGUGACGCCGUUUCAAGUCGUGGCCCUCCUUGCUGGAUUCUACGUCUUGAGACAUCCCAGGUUCCGGUACAAGCUCCCGUCUGUGCCCCUCAACUUCUUCAGGAGGCUGCCGGCGAGAACGGACUGUAUGUUGUGAGCAGCUUAGUUCUGGGGCCGGUUCCGGACUGUCGCCGGUGUAGAAUAUGCCGACGAGAAAGCUUGUUUGCUGUUUUGACGAAGGGCGGGAGAUGGAGUUGCUGCUGCUGCUGCUGCUGCCGCUGCCGCUGCCUGUGGUGGUUAUGUAAGUUAUAUCCGAUGAGAACUUGAAUAUUUCUGGAUUUUUUAGGUUUAUUUAUUUUUAAGGAUCUGUGGCUUGAAAAUGUGGUUAUUUUGAGACAGAUCCAUGCUAAUCUCUUCUUCCUAGGUUAUUUAAUUCAAUCUGUUCUUGAACCCUAAAUAUCCUUCAUCUUUAUAUAUGAAUUUGGAGUGAGAUAAAUGUCAAAUUCUGCUAAAUUUUGAUCC